CACUCAGCACGGUGGAGCAGGUAUGCGAUGUCGUCUGGUAUCAAUAUGUAUCGCAUCUCGCCUUGUGCUUCGCGAUGGCAAGCCUCUGGAACUCGUUUUGCGUGGCAUUCCCGCAAGAGACGCCGCGGCAUCCGCCAUAGUCAUAACCCACUAUUGGUAGCGCAAAUCCCUCAAGGCGAGCGACGACGGUGAUUACGAUGGCACAAGCAAUCGAGGUCAAUGGAGUCAACGGAGUGCACAGGCCAUCGUCGGGUUCUAAGCGCAACCAAGGUCUCAAAGUCCUGAUAGUGGGCGCAGGCAUUGGUGGUUUGAUUGCAGCGGUCGCUCUGCGGCAACAGGGACACUGCGUUGAGAUCUACGAGCAGUCAAAGUUCGCGUCAGAGACCGGCGCAGCGCUACACCUGGCACCCAAUGCCAAUGGGAUCCUCAGGCGGUUAGGCAUCUUCGCUGAGCAUUUCGGUGCGAAUCCAAUGGAGAGACUUACAGAGUAUACGGCCGGUGGCGUGAGGAAAAGAUCGAUGGAUCUACGGGAGGCGAAUAAGCAAUGGCAGCAUCCAUGGCUGCUCGCUCCUCGCAUUGAGCUCCACAACAAGCUAAAACAGCUGGUGAACUCACCCAAGCCGUCCAACGAGCGGACGAGAGGAUCAGUUCGACUUCAGCUGUCUGCGAGAGUAGUGGAGGUUGACCCUGCAUCCGGCCGUAUUCGCCUGGAGGACGGUACGGAAGUGGAGGGCGACGUAGUCGUUGGUGCUGACGGUGUGCACUCCGUUGCACGCAAGUUCGUACAGGGUGGAGAUGCCGAGCCGUUUUGUGACGGAAAGAGCGCCUUUCGCUUUCUCGUCCCGCGACAGCUGGCUUUGGACGACGACGAUACACGCCCACUGGUGGAAAUGGAAGGCGAACUAUCCAUCUGGUACGGUGCGGAUCGCAGAAUCAUCAUGUACCCAACUUCCGACAAUACUUCACUCAACUUUGUGUGCAUCCACCCCGAAGCCGAGUCUGCAGCGGAUGCAGCAGAUGCAGGAGGAGAUUGGAACCAACAGGGUAAUCUGGAGCGGAUGCUUGCCAUCUACAGCACCUUCGACCCGGCAUUGCUCGACCUACUGCGGAAGGCCAAGCGGGAUUCGGUGAAAGUCUGGAAGCUUCUCGACAUGAAAGUUCUUCCGACGUGGACUUGCGAACGCCUGACGCUGCUGGGAGAUGCCGCCCACCCAUUCCUGCCACACCAAGGCCAGGGGGCCGGAGUAGCUAUCGAAGACGCUGCUUCUCUUGCUGUUGUACUGUCUGAAGACCUCCUCCCGAAGGACGUGCCUGCGCGACUGAAGCUGUAUGAGGAGACUCGCUAUGACAGGGCUAAUCACAUUCAAGAGUUUUCCCGCAUCAUUGGCAAAGACUUCAAGGAAGGACAAGACCAGCCGGAUAUGUUUGGCUUCACGAAUUUCAACUUCGGUCACGAUGAAUGGGAUCACUCGACACAAAGACUUCGGGAGUGGAGCUGGAAACGUAACCCGCACGUGUACUGGCGCAUGCCAAUAGCCUUCGGGCCCAUGCCAGGUCCGCGACAGACGCACUUUGGCCUUGUGCGAGACGGGUCCAGGUCCACCUUCACCACGGCAUCGAUCAAGUUCAAGACGUCCCGGACGUUACUGCAGAACCUCUUCCCGCCAAUGCGAAAAGGCUGGCGGUUUCGCAGCCCAGGUACCGUAGCCUACGCCUCGUUCUCCCAGACAACCCUCAACAAGAUGGAAUGGCUAGGAGGAUCAGGCUACAACCACCUCGGCCUCUACAUCCACGGCGUAGAGUAUGUAAAGGAAAACGGCACAGUCUACAGCGGCACCUACCUCCCCAUCCUUUACGAAUCCCUUACCGAUCCCAUCGUCUCCGGCCGCGAAGAGCUGGGCAUGCCGAAACUCUACUCCUCCAUCGACAUCUACCGCCGUGCGACCUCAUACCGCAUCCGGACCGGCUGGCAAGGCGCGCUGUGGGGGAAUUUCCACCUGCAGGAGCUCGAGGAGAUGGACACCGCUGCUGUCACUGGCAGUAUCAGCGGGGAAGCCGACGACGGGAUCUUAGCUUAUAAAUACAUCCCCAAAGCUGGGAGGGCGAACAAGGGCAUCGCGGCGGAGGAACACGUCACUUUCGACCCGUUCGCCGAGGCCGAACCGAAGCCUCGCGUGCUGAGGUAUUAUAAGGCGAACCGCGCGAGUUUCGAGAUUGACGCGCUGGACUGGGAGCAGCUGCCGACCAUGCACCAUGUUGUUUCCCGUUUGGCGGAAUUGCCGAUCUAUGAGAUCGUGGGCGCGAAGGUGGUGGAGGGGGAGGGUGUGCCCGAUGUCUCUAGUGCUAGGCCUGUGUGAGAGUUAGCCGGUAGGUUUACGAACAGUGUUAGCCUUCCGCCGUCCGAAGAAUGCGUAGCCAAGGAGGAUUGCGAGGCCGGGAUAUCAAGCGGGUGCUGUGGCGCGCCUGAGCUCCAGCUACUAGAUUCCGGCGAUCGUUGCUGGUGUUGAGUGAUGCGGGCAGGAAGAGCUGCACUCUUUCUUGUAUGAGUAAGAACUAUGAGCUCCGGACUCUGACUAUGACAAUUAAAAGUCGGUCAACGCGGCCAUAGUUAGCUGUUCACCGAACG